CUGCGGGGCGGGGGCGCGCGGUCCGGCCGCCCGGCGCGGGAGCAGCGGAGCGGGACGCCGAGUCCCGAGCGGCCGGCGGCCGGGGCUCCCCGCCCCUCCCUCCUCGCGGGCGGCGGCGUGCGCGGCGGAGCCUGGAACAUGGUCGGGGAGAUGGAAGCCAAGGAGAAGCCCAAGCCCACGCCGGAUUACCUGAUGCAGCUCAUGAACGACAAGAAGCUCAUGAGCAGCCUCCCCAACUUCUGCGGCAUCUUCAACCACCUCGAGCGGCUGCUGGACGAGGAAAUUAGCAGAGUACGGAAAGACAUGUACAAUGACACAUUAAAUGGCAGUGCAGAGAAGAGGAGUGCGGAAUUGCCUGAUGCUGUGGGACCUAUUGUUCAGUUACAAGAGAAACUUUAUGUGCCUGUAAAAGAAUACCCAGAUUUUAAUUUUGUUGGGAGAAUCCUUGGACCUAGAGGACUUACAGCUAAACAGCUUGAAGCAGAAACGGGAUGUAAAAUUAUGGUCCGGGGCAAAGGCUCAAUGAGGGAUAAAAAGAAGUGGUGGCUGCUGUCCAGUAUUUCCGAGCACAAGAAGGCUGCCAUGCACGCGCUGGAGAAGCUUCAUUCAGGAGUGGCCUUCAGUGCUGUGGGCUGUGAGGAGGAGCAAAAUAGAGGCAAGCCCAAUUGGGAGCACCUCAACGAAGACUUGCACGUACUGAUUACUGUGGAAGAUGCUCAAAACAGAGCGGAGAUCAAGCUGAAGAGAGCCGUUGAGGAAGUGAAGAAAUUACUGGUACCUGCAGCAGAGGGAGAAGACAGCCUGAAGAAGAUGCAGCUGAUGGAGCUUGCGAUUCUGAAUGGCACCUACAGAGAUGCCAACAUUAAAUCACCAGCCCUUGCCUUUUCUCUUGCAGCAACAGCCCAGGCUGCUCCAAGGAUUAUUACUGGGCCUGCGCCUGUUCUCCCACCAGCUGCCCUGCGCACCCCGACGCCAGCUGGCCCUACCAUAAUGCCUUUGAUCAGACAAAUACAGACCGCGGUCAUGCCAAAUGGAACUCCUCACCCCACUGCUGCAAUAGUUCCUCCGGGGCCUGAAGCUGGUUUAAUCUACACACCCUACGAAUACCCCUACACGUUGGCACCAGCUACGUCAAUCCUUGAGUACCCUAUUGAACCUAGCGGCGUAUUAGGUAUGGCUUUCCCAACGAAAGGCUAAGAAUUCAAGAACGGUCUUAACUGAACCCUCAUCAGAUCUGAAUUUAACAAACGCUUAGUCUCAGCAGCGGGGGGAGGGAAGCUUAGCCUAGCAGUCAGUGACUUACUUGCACUUUUGCACACUGAUAGAAAGUAAACGUAUGUUAUUAAUUUGGUUUAGUCUGUAAUCUUACAAAAUAACGGUAAUUUAUAAAGGAGUGUAUAGUAGUAUACUGACUGCUAAGUGUACUAUACUGUUUGCUUUACUAAUCACCUAAUUCAUUGCAGUUCAUACUUAUUGACUCAGAGUUUAAAACCACAAUCUGUAGGCUUUAAGAAUUGCUUAUAAACCUUUUUAAGUAAUAAACUCUGGAAGCGGUCUUAAGGUUAGCAAGUAAUUGUCAGUAUUAAACAUGGCAUUAUUUUUCAUCCUCCUGCAAGAAAGGCACUUCAGUGAAUAUGUGACUAGUAAAGCUUCAAGGUUGGAACUAGUGGAGUUCAUGAAGUACUGUGACUUGGGAUUGUAAAUGAAUGGAUGACAUAGGUUAAGGCCAAGAUGUUUGAAGUGAAUGCAAUAUUAAUAGACGCAUAUAUACGCAACAUAUUAUGGUUAAUUUUAAAACUACUGUGCCUUAACGUGUUUCUUAAAACGAAAUUUUUGUAGUAAAUGAACAUUUAAAAUCCCAUUUUGAUAAACCUGCUGUUAAUGUUUGUUUUCUUUUCCCUUGUGAAUGUUUUCUAACUUUGUCUUGGUGAUUGCAAUUUAACUAGGUGCGGUGGCUACUAAAGUUCGAAGGCACGAUAUGCGUGUCCAUCCUUACCAAAGGAUUGUGACCGCAGACCGAGGUUAGUUUAGUUCUGCAGUUCUUGUCUAUGAGAAAUGCGUGGGGUGUCCAUACCAUUUGCAACACCACACCUGAUGGGGAAAUGUGUACCUGCUUACUGCACAGCGUUUCCUUUCCUGUUCUGAAUUAAUUUAUGAUCAUUGACAGAUUGAAGGGUUGGGUUUUUUGUUCUUUUCUCCCUUGAUGUUUUAACUUAUUGAAUUCUAUUAGUAUGUACUAUGAUUUAUUCUUACUACAACAUAAAUUAGUCCAUUUGGGGAGCUAUUAAAUUUUGUUUUCACCUUAAUUAUUUUCAGUAAAAAUUUUUGCUAAAAGUUACCUUUUAAUUAUUUUGAAAUUUUGGGUUGGUUUUGCAAAAUGAACAGAGCGGAUGGUUGCUUUAAUGAGAGAAGUAAAGGACUAUAUGCCCUCCUGUGUUCUUUUGGAGAAAACUGAAGAUUUAGUUUCCCAUUUUCCUUUUUAAUAAGAUAUUUGAGCCACUGUAUAAACAUGAGGUUAAACAUGUCAAGUACUUAGCUGAACUCAGCAAAGUAAGGACUGUGAAGCUAACUUUGAUGCAGUUGGAUCUUUUAUAAGUCAGAAAAUCAGUUCCCUUUUAUUCUUAUGUUUUAUUCCAAAAUGGAUCCUUUGAUUUUUGUCAUUUGCUGCUAAAAUCUAUUAUCUAAACGUAAACUAUCUCUUGAAGUUCUGUGGUGGCAUGAACCCAGCUGUUUGAAUACUUUCUUUGACUAACCUGUGACUGGAAAAUAAGUCUUCAUUUUUCUCCUUUUCACCAUUUGUAAUUUGUGUCCUGUAUAUGCCCUUGGACCCUUUUAUAAAUUAUUUAUUUUUAUUGAGGAGUGAUAUUUUCGGUUUAUUGACAUUGAAUUAUUUUUCUGAGCUUGAAAUCACAAAGCAAGAAAUCUGAAGCAAGGUAGAAGAGGACUUUUACAAGCUUUAUUUAUGGCACAUUUAUUACCUACUGAUGAAGUUGCUCUAACUAUCGGAUACUGGUGGGGAAAAGUAAUGGAUUACACUCCAGUUCUACAUCUUAGAUGAACUUGUGAGAGGCCUGCCUUCUUCGCAUGGUUAUCUUGUAUACGAAUGAUAAGUAUUGGACACAGCUGUUGUCCUCAUCAGAAUAAAAUACCUUUCCAAAGAUAUCGACCAUCUGUGUUUAGCAUCAUAUAUGAUUAAAGAGCCUUGAAGACUUUUAACUAAUACGUUACUUGUAGUGAUUGUUUAAUGAACAAAGUAAAUAGGCCCCCAAGCUCAGUGAUCCUCUGUGAAGACCGCACUCCUGUGAGUGUGGCAUGUACAGUGUGUCCUGCUGGCAUCAGAGCAAGUCCCUUAGUGAAGGAGGACAUUUUCAAGAAGCAAAAAUACCAUUUAGAUUUAAAGAAUCCAGAUAAUUCCAUGAGUAAUUUGAAGCUUUUUCCCAUAGUUAUUGGCUGAAAUAGUUAUGAGUAUUUUAAAGUAGUUUGUCUUUUGUUAACCUUUUAUUCCCCUUUGAGAUUUUCAUAAUUUUGUUUUAACAUAAUAAUUAUUGGCCUACUCAAUACUCCAGUACCUUAAGAUAGUUGAAAAUAUUAGGAAGAUUUUAUUGUAUUUCAAAACAAGAACACAUUCCAUGCAUGGCUCUUUUGUAGUUAUAAGUGUUUUGAUUAGUCUUGUCACUGUUUUUAUUCAAAAUGCAAUGUCAGCAAACCGAAAUGCUACCUUUUCUCCCUCUUUCUAAAUAACAGAACACUCUGUAUACUCUUGUACUGUCACUGUAUGCACUCGGGUCUGAGGGAGAUGUCUGGAGUCCUUCAUUUAAAUUAUUUUAUGAUACUACUGUUUUCUCUAUUUUUGAGGUUUUUUUUUAUUCUUUUAAUCUUUUGAAGGAAAGAUUAAUAUGUGUUCACUUAAUACAAGGAAAUUCAGCCCUUGGACCUGUAACCAUGUAAUUCUAUAUGAGCAUUUAGAGUAUGGCAUGGUUGACAAAUACCUAGUUCUUUACUAAAAGUAAGCCCACCUCUACACAUUUCAGAACUGAAUUCGAAGCCUAUAAAAGACCAACUGAUGUUUUAGUUGAAAUGAACCAUAAGUGAUUUUGCACAGUUGACACACCUGUGUGUACUGUCGAGGCCAGGACUGGGCAGAGGAUGUACUGGAGGUGUACUGGUUACAGAAAUGGUGCUGUGCUUUGUCUAUGGAUUCCACAUUCAAAACACAUGAGGGUUUUUCUGAAUAAUAAUUUUAUAAAAUCCAUUAUUUACACAAUUUCUAUAAGAAACAAUACAAUUUUAAACAAAAAUUUAGUUAAUAUAAAAAUGCUUUAAGAUUCUCUAUUUCUGAAAUACCUAUGAAAUCGUAGGACUACAUGUGAAAUAUUUAUUUUCUUCUUUGAUUAUGGAAUAGCCGCUUUUAUUUUAAAUAAAAUUCUAUUUUUAAGCAGUUCAAGGAAGAUUUGGUCACACUGAAGACACAGUAUUUUUGUAGUAUUUAUAAACUAUCCUACAAUGAUAGACCAUAGAAAGCACUUUUGUUACAUGAGGGUAAACCAGUCGAUUACGUAGAUCAUUUAACUCUGUGAAGCCGAGACUUGACUGGGUUUUGAUUUACGAAGUGGCACAGACUCUACCUUUGCACUGAAGUAUUUUGUAUCUCCUCUGCCAUAGUCACAGUGGCAACAGUACAGAAAUUUCUAUCAAACCUCAGAAUAUAGUAGAAAUAACUAAGCUGUUGAAUGAGUCUUAAAAAUCAUACUACUGUUAAGUGGACCAAGUUUGGUGAAGCAGAGAGUGACAGGCUGACUAAGGAAGGAACAACUCAAGGACAUUGGGGACGAUAACUUUUCCACUUGAGAACUACUUUAUGUUUUACUGUAAUUUUUUAAAAAAAAUUUGUUCUGUUUGUUAUUUUGCAGAAGAAAAUAGUAUUUACAGGUGGCUUCUUUUAAAAUAUAUAAAGCAGGAAUGUAUAUGAAAUGUCAGAUUUUAUUGUAUUUGCAGAGAAUUAGCUUUGAAAUCGAGUAAAGAAAGCUGUAGUUUUAAAAUGCCUUAUUGGUAUCAAUUAGAAAUUUCUUCUAUUUUUUGAUGUACUUAGAGCUUUUUGAGUAUAGAAUUUUAAAUGGCAGGAUUUUACAGUGUUUACAUGCAAGUGCAUUUUAUAAGUGUCCUAUAUGUGUAAAAUAGUAUUUCCAACUGGAAAGUGUUGGCUAGCACAGAAGGCCUGGCCUUUUCCUGGUUCCCAUGAUGUUGCCUACACUGCUACACUCCAGUUUAGUACUGCUUUGUAUCAUGAGGCCAAGAAAUUCCAUGUUGUUUGUAAAUAGAACAUUGAAAAAGCAAUAAACAUUUAUUGAACAAAAGAAA